CACUACGAAUUAUUGUCGUUUCGUUUCAUUUCACAUAGUUCAUGCUUUUAUCAAGCGAAAGUAAAAAUAACCGGUUUGUUUGUGAUGGCACACAAGCAAACAAAUGUUCAGCGAUAACGACCGUCAGGAUUACAUAUGAAAAAAUGCAUAUUGAACGACAGCUGAGGUUCGAGACAAAAAUCAUACAGAGCUUGCUUACUGCAGACGUGUUCAGUACUUACACUGUUGAAAAUGUCGUUCGAACCGAUAGUUAUAGUUCACGGAGGUGCCGGAGACAUCCCCACGGAACGCGUGGAGGGUAAAUUAUUGGGCGUACGGUUGGCUGCCACGAUUGGUUACAAAAAGCUCCAGGAAACUGGUUGUGUUUUGGAUGCAGUAGAAGAGGCAGUCCGCAGUAUGGAGCUAGAUCCGUACUUCAAUGCGGGGUACGGGUCAGUACUGACAUCAGAAGGUAAUGUCGAACUGGAAGCAAGUAUCAUGAACGGAACAACUUUACAAGCGGGAUGCGUCUCACUGGUAAAAGAUAUCAAGCACCCAAUUAGUUUGGCAAGACGAGUCAUGAAAACUCCACACAAUUUUCUAGCCGGUGAUGGGGCUAUGCGUUUUGCAAAACAAGAGAGCAUCGAGAUAUUAGAUCCUCCUGGACAGCUGGUGACAGAUUUUGCCCGUAUGGCUUUGGAGGAAUGGAAGGAAGGUCAACUGCGAGGUGAAGUGGAAUAUGCUCGCACCGAAAUUGGUUCAGAAAACAAAUAUAGUAAAGGAGAACCUGGAACGUUGGGAACCGUGACAUGUGAGAUAUUAGAUCCUUCUGGACAGCUGGUGACAGAUUUUGCCCGUAUGGCUUUAGACGAACGGAAGGAAGGUCAACUGCGAGGUGAAGUGGAAUUUGCUCGCUCCGACGUUGACUCAGAAAACAAAUAUAAGAAAGGGGAAGUUGGAACGGUGGGAGCCGUGGCUAUAGAUAAUAAGGGUAAUAUUGCAGUUGCGACGUCCACGGGGGGAAUUACAGGUAAGUUACCUGGCAGAGUGGGUGAUACGCCACUAGUCGGAGGCGGAACCUUUGCAGAUAAUGCAGUUGGAGGCGUUUCAACAACCGGCCACGGUGAAACUAUAAUGAAGUAUUGUUUGGCACAUGAUAUUAUCAAAAGAAUAGUGCUCUUAGGUGAAGAUGCACAAACAGCAACAGAGAGCUCCUGCAGAACUAUGACAGAGCGAUUGAAAGGGACAGCAGGAGCUAUAACUAUUGACUCGAAAGGCAGGGUUGGGAUUUCAUUUACAUCAAAGCGCAUGGCAUGGGCUUAUCUUAAAGACAAUACUAUACAUUACGGAAUUGAACAAAACCAGCACCUCGAGAAAAGUUUGUGAAAUUUGCCAAACAGCUUGCUAACUUACCGUGAGUCCAAUCGGUGAUAUUUAUAUCCGGAUCCCAUUUUGUAUUUUAAAUGGUCCAAUUGUCUUCGAAAACUACUAUUCAUGUUUCGAAACUAAAUCAAAACACGAAAACA